UUUCUGGCUACGCCCCUGACCGCCACCAUUUGCUCAGGCCACCGUGACUGGUGUUCCAAUGAACUCGACAAGCCAAUACCACGAGAAUUCCCAGCAAGCUUCAUUUCAAGCUCCAGUUCCUUGGUCCUCUCGCCUCUAUGACUGCUGCCAUGACGUCUCAAAUUGUUGCCUGACAUGCUGGUGCCCAUGCAUUACCUUUGGUCGAAUUGCAGAUAUUGUUGACAAAGGAUCAAAAACUAAGUAUACAAUGUGUGGCAUGGUGUUUUGUGUUGCAGCUACUGGAUUUAGUGAAGUAGUUUACGCACUAAUUGCCAAUUUGAUUGGUUGUGGAUGCUUGUACUCGUACCCCUAUCGCACAAAAAUCAGGCAGCAGUACAUGUUAGAGGAGAGGCCUUGUGGGGAUUGCUUGGUUCAUUUCUGCUGCGAGCCAUGUGCCUUAAGCCAAGAGUAUCGUGAGCUUGAAGCCCGCGGAUUCGACAUGAGCAUAGGUUGA